AUGGAAAGCGAACAGCCCGCAGGACGGCUGCCGUGGUCGCUGCGAGGCUCGAUCCACGCAGUCGUCGCCGCCACCACCCAUAACCAAACGAGUCCCAUCCAGGACCCUCACAAACGCGCAUACGUCGCCGACCUGAUCCGCACUCUGCUCGAGGGACGAGUCAUCGUCGCGUCGUACAACAUCGCCAUGGUGCUACUACUCCUCGCCUUUGCCGCUGCCCACUGGCGUCGAAGCUGCCGCGACAGGAGGAUGUGGAGGGAGCGUAUCGCCCGGCUCCGCGCCACUGGCGGGGGUUCUGGGAGCUCGACGCUGCCGGCUACCGACAGCGACGCGUUUUCGUCGUCCAGCAGCACCGUUAGCGGGACGGCCAGCCCUAUGGUCCCGUAUAAAGAUGACGACCAAGAGAGCGCCGAUAUCGAGCGGCUCCCGCUGCUGCGAUCGCCCAUACGCCGCCCAUCCCGGGGCAUCUUGGGGGGUCCCACGAACCGCAGGAUCGCCUUGAGUCGGCUCCGUGGCUGGCUGGCAUACCAGCCACGACCCAUCCCCGUUAUCAACCGCUCCCUGCCGUCCAACGCCGUGUCCAUAUUCGUCCUGGCCUGGGUUGCCGUGAACGCGGCCUUCCUUCUCUUCCGCUGUCCGCUGGGUGGGGCCUACCUGUUCGUGCCCGCCGACCGGGCCGGCCUCGUCUUCGUCGUCAACCUGCCCCUGUUGUACCUCCUGGCCGCCAAGAACCAGCCCGUCAGGCUUCUGACCGGACGCUCGUACGAGGCCCUGAACAUCUUCCACAGGCGGGUCGGGGAGCUGAUGUGCCUUGCGGCGGCCUUGCACAUGGGCGGGAUGCUGCUCUUCCAGUUCGUGCUGGCGCCCCCGUGGCUGAACCCGGUGACUCCGUGGCAGUACUUUACGCACCCGUUGAUCCUGCUCGGCCUCGGCACCUUUGUUCCGUACGAGCUCCUCUACCUGACGUCUCUGGCGUCGAUUCGACAGCGGUGCUACGAGCUGUUCCUAGCGGCUCACGUCGUGCUCCAGCUAGUCGCGCUCGUGUUUCUCUUCUUCCACUUCCCUACCUCGCGCCCUUAUGUUAUUCUCUCCCUCGUUAUUUUUGUGCUUGAUCGAGCUGUUUGGCGCCUGACACUCGGGUCUGUCAGCCUGGAUGCCGAUAUUUGCAUUCUCCAGGACGGCGAGACACUUAUGCUGUCCGCCGACUGGGACAUUCCUUCAUCUUCUUCUUCGUCCAAUUGUUCAAGCCUUCGCUCUAAAUUCCUGCGACUCUUUCGCCCCAAAAACAUCACUGCUGGCUGGCGGCCGACAGACCAUGUCUUUCUUACCGUCCCGGCCCUGGGUAGGACACAUGCACUCCAGGCACAUCCCUUCACGAUUGCAUCUGGGGCCUCCUUCAGUCUUCCUAGUCCCGAGGAUAAUGAAGUAGCCGAGAGGAGAAAUGUCGCUGUUCCAGUCAGCAAACCUACCCAUGCGUGGUUUAAUCUUCUCAUCCGAACGCACUCUGGCUUCACCAGGGAUCUACUCGAGCACUCCCGCAGGCUUGGGGCGUCGACACAGUCGCCAUUACUCCCUUCUAACCCCGUCCGUCUCCGCGUUCGACUAGACGGGCCGUACGGGUCCUGCGAAGCCCUAGACAUGCUUCGAGCCAGCGACACCGCAGUCCUCGUAGCCGGCGGGAGCGGAAUCGCCGUCGUCUACAGCCUCGCCUCAGCCCUGCUGCUCGACGACCAGCGGCUGCACGGAGCGCCUGGACGAGCUGGUCGAGGCGGGGCUCAACCUCGUCGUGCCGGAGCCGACGAACGAGGCCGGGAGGCCCGACACGGCGGGCUUUGUGCGAGACAUCUGUGAAAGCCAUGCGUCUUUUCGCGCGGGCUCCGGCGGGGUGGGUGUCGUCGUUUCCGGGCCGGACGGCAUGAACCGCGAGGUGCGCAACGUCUGCGCCGCUGCCAUCGGGGACGGCGUUGAUGUCAGGAUCGCGGUCGAGAAAUUUGGGUGGUGA